GGGGAUCGGUCCGGGGGAGGCCUGGGGCCGCUGGCUUGUGUGCUGUCUCCGCCGCCGCCCCGGGCAUGUCGUCCAACUGCACCAGCACCACGGCGGUGGCGGUGGCGCCGCUCAGCGCCAGCAAGACCAAGACCAAGAAGAAGCAUUUCGUGUGCCAGAAAGUGAAGCUAUUCCGGGCCAGCGAACCGAUCCUCAGCGUCCUGAUGUGGGGGGUGAACCACACGAUCAAUGAGCUGAGCAAUGUCCCUGUCCCUGUCAUGCUAAUGCCAGAUGACUUCAAAGCCUACAGCAAGAUCAAGGUGGACAAUCAUCUCUUCAAUAAGGAGAACCUCCCCAGCCGCUUUAAGUUUAAGGAGUACUGCCCCAUGGUGUUCCGAAAUCUCCGGGAGAGGUUUGGGAUUGAUGAUCAGGAUUACCAGAACUCAGUGACGCGCAGUGCCCCCAUCAACAGUGACAGCCAGGGCCGGUGCGGCACACGUUUCCUCACCACCUACGACCGGCGAUUUGUCAUCAAGACUGUGUCGAGUGAGGACGUGGCCGAGAUGCACAACAUAUUAAAGAAAUACCACCAGUUCAUAGUGGAGUGCCACGGCAACAGCCUUCUGCCACAGUUCCUGGGCAUGUACCGCCUGACUGUGGAUGGUGUGGAAACCUACAUGGUGGUCACUAGGAAUGUCUUCAGCCAUCGUCUCACUGUACACCGCAAGUAUGACCUCAAGGGUUCCACUGUUGCCAGAGAAGCGAGUGACAAGGAGAAGGCCAAGGACUUGCCAACAUUCAAAGACAAUGACUUCCUCAACGAAGGGCAGAAGCUGCACGUGGGAGAGGAGAGUAAAAAGAACUUCCUGGAGAAACUAAAGCGGGAUGUUGAGUUCCUGGCCCAGCUGAAGAUCAUGGACUACAGUCUGCUGGUGGGCAUCCAUGAUGUGGACCGGGCUGAGCAGGAGGAGAUGGAGGUGGAGGAGCGGGCAGAGGAUGAGGAGUGUGAGAACGACGGGGUGGGCAGCAGCCUGCUCUGCUCCUACGGCACACCUCCAGACAGCCCUGGCAACCUCCUCAGCUUUCCCCGGUUCUUUGGUCCUGGGGAAUUCGACCCCUCUGUUGAUGUCUACGCCAUGAAAAGCCAUGAGAGUGCCCCCAAGAAGGAGGUUUAUUUCAUGGCCAUCAUUGAUAUCCUUACACCAUACGAUGCUAAGAAGAAAGCUGCACAUGCUGCUAAAACAGUGAAACACGGGGCAGGGGCCGAGAUCUCGACUGUGAACCCUGAGCAGUACUCCAAACGCUUCAACGAGUUUAUGUCCAACAUCCUGACGUAGUUGCUUCUAUCAGCCAGAGCCAGAGAGCUGGACAUGUGGUCAGGGAUCAGGAGAGGGAGAGGGUAUAUUUGGGCUAGAAGGGAGGGUGGGAAGCAGAGUGGGGGGUCGGGAGGGCUUUAGCAAUGAGACUGCAGCCUGUGAAACUGAAAGAGACUCUAGCUGGGGAGGAGGGGACGUGCUGUGUGUGCACAUGCUCACAGGAUGUAACCUCACCUUCUGCUUACCCUUGAUUUCUUUUUUGUCCCCAUUUGACCCAGGUUAAAAAGGGGUUCCCUUUUUGGUACCUUGUAAUCUUGUAAGAUACCGUGGGGCUAGGCACGACUUUGUGGGUUUGAGUUUUGUUUCUGAAGUUUCAUUGCUCCAGGUGUGCUAUUUAUAAUGUUGUUUGUCAUCACCCUAUCCACCCUCCCCACCUCUGCCCAGCUCUCAGUUCCCUUCAACUAAAGAGGCACCCAGUAGACCCAGCACAAGGGUCCUCUUAGAGCAAAGCACUCCAACUCCAGAGAGGAGAGGAGGUCAGACACCUCAGCCGCGCUGCAUUUGGUCUUGUCUGGAUUAACUUUUUAAUUUUAUGGAGUACUGUGCACAACUUCUUCCACCUUUCAACCUUGGAUUCAAGUGAAAUGUUAUAUUAUUCCUACAUCCUGUCCUCCAGUACUGUCCUCCCAAAGGAACACUCCAGGCCAACACCAGACAUCUUGGAUCAGAAUCAGAGAUCUCAGAGGGAGUGUAUUCAUCCUCAUGGGAUGGUAAGGGCUGAGGAAGCUGCUGGGCUCUUGGACAGCUGGUUCUCAGAGAACCCCGUCAUCAUCACCCACGCCCCAGGCUCUGUCAGUCCCUGGAGUUCAGAUGUCCUCUCUGUAAAGCCUGCCUCCCACUGGGUCAAGAGGAACUAGAAAGUACCUUUGGAUAUAACAGGACCCUCAUGUUUAAAUGGUUCUUUCCCUUUGGGAAAACCCCAGAAAUUGACGAAUAUCCAAUGAGGUCUUGUGCCCUCCAUUUACUUUCUUCUGACCUCCUCCCAGGCACCUUCACUUGUAGCUGAGCUUUUAGCUGGAAGCAGAUCUCCAGGCACCUGGGGUGCUCUUUGCAGAGAUACCUCUUCAAGCCCCAGGACUACCAUGUAGGUAAUCUGGCUCCCUGUGCCUGUGGUUUGUCACUUGGACAGUUAUAGCCAGCAAGGUGCUUCCCCACCUUGGAGUAUGGCAUCCAAGCCUGAUGUUGCUUCUGAGUCACUUAAGAUGUGACCCAGGAAAUCCAAUUUGGAGGCUUGAUGUGGGGUUUGACCUGGCCCCAACCUUGGGGCUAUUUUUCCAUGUUGCCCUUCUCUAGACUUUUAGCAGAUCUCCAGCCCACGGGCUUCUUUGGAAGGAGUGGCAUCCUGCAGCUUCCUUCAGGUUUUCCACCCUCCUUCAGAGCCAGCUACCCAGGCUCUCAGAAUCAAGCCACAUGUGUCAUUCUGAUGCCGCCAGAGCAGUGUGGUUUGGCUAGGAGAGAAAACGGCCAUGUUGCUCUGCAAUGGAGGCGGGUACAUUCCUGCGUCUUUUCACACACUCACUGAAGAGGAGCUGAGGAUUUGGUAUGAGAUAGGGUGAAAUUUAUAGAUAACCCCAAAGAUGUGAAGAUGGUUUGUAGAACCAUUUUGAAAGAACAGGUUGGUUUCCUGUGGCUCCUUCCAAACCUAGCCAAGCUCAGCUUCUGGAGAUGGAACCAGCCAUGUCUCUGCGCCCCACAGCAUUUAGGACUGGAAAAAAAGGAGAUGGCAUUCUUGGACUUUACUGGGGCUGUUGGAUUGGAUGGGAACUCUUCUAGAAGAGGAAGAUGGGGGUCAAACCACUGCCCUGGCCCCAGGAAGGGGCCGUAGGUAGCUCUAAACAACAGCAAGACCACUGAGUGACUUGGGGAAGAACUUGGAACCAAGUGCUCAUGGAGAAAACAAAUUUGAUUUAGGAAAGGGAUUACGCAUGAAUAAUGUUUGGAUUUUAUCUCCCCACCUCAUAAUCAAGAAUGAAAAUUUGGAUCUGCUCCUAGUCAGGCCUACCAUCUCCAAAGCUUGGAAGGCUGUCCUCCUACAGCUUCCACAGCCGUGGGCCCCUGUGGCUUCUCUGCAUUUGGUCUGCUGAUCAUGAUGCCAUAAUGUGUAUGAAAAGUGUAACACAAUCUUAUCAGUUAAAGACUACCAGGUAUCUAACUUGUUUAACAUUGAGAGAGAGAGAGAGAGAGAGUAGAGUGUGUGUGUGUGUGUGUUUUGUUAUUGUUUUGGUAUAUUGUUUACAUUUGGAGAAGUAGCAUUCUGUUUCAAAUGCUCUUUUUGUUUUUCUGACAGUAUUGUUGAUUGGGUCAAAACAUUUGAGCUGUGGUUUGGUGGAUUUUAGGGUUUGUUUUUUUUAAAAGGUCAUUCUCUGUGCUAUCUUCAGAACCUUGCGUUUGGCCCUUUAAUUCCUUUGGCAUUCAGAUGCUUAAAAACUAUCUAUCUUGGUUUAUUCUUUCUCUUCUCUUCUUUUUGUAAUGAUAAGGAUAUGCUAUUUGGUUUGCAGUCUGAAUGUAGAGAAAGUGAACUGACUCUUUUAA